AAAAAUAAAAAAAACGUCAAAAAUAAACGACAUGACCUUUUUGUCCUCCUAUUUUUUGAGGUUAACUUGGCGGGCAUAGUCAUAUCAUCCACAUAAAAUAAUAGAAGCAAACUAAAAGAAUUUUGUAACUUAAGAUAACACAAUAAAUACAAAAUCUGAAUUAUAACUUGAAGUGUUUUAAUAAGUUACAAAAUCUGAAGAGCUUGAAACGUAACAUUUUACAAAAUUCUUUUAUGGUGUUCAUCUUUAACAAGUAAUAUCGAAUAUGCUUAGCAGAACCCCGCCUGCCUCCCUUGCAAACCAGCCUAGUGAACCGAUUGCGCCAGAAAACGCUGCGAAAGAAUACAACUGCAAAGCGUGUAGCGCAUCGGAUUCAAUGGACAACAUGGUACUGUGUGACAACCCCAGCUGUGGCUCUUGGUAUCACUAUAAUUGUGUAGGUGUCGAUGAUCUUGUUGCUCUUGGCCCCUGGAUGUGUGCGACGUGCACCCAAGCUGCUGCCGAGGCUGCAGGGCCAUCUACAGCAACAGCCAAAUUGUCAAAUAUAAAGCCAUCAGCGGCAUCUCGUAUUUCUAGGUCAUCAGCGAAUUCUCACGUUUCCAAGUCUUCAAAGGCAUCAAACAGCAGACAGCUUCAACUUGAAUUACAGAAGUUAGAGGAAGAAAAACGUUUAGCUGAAAGAAAAGCACAAAGCGACCGAGAGUACAUCAACAAGAAGUACAAAAUCCUGAGCCUAAUGGAGGAUGCUGAAUCCAAUUCAGAUGAAGAAGACGAUACACGUUCUAAUGCGUCUGCCACAGGUAGAACCUCGAAAUGGCUCAAAGAUGCUAGAUCUAAUAUUCAAAGCACUCAACUGACACAGCCAAACAACGAUCAAAUUUCCAUGAAGGAAAAACUUCCACAUCAGAGUGCAACUGCAGAUGAAAAUCAGGAAGAACCACAACAAAACUGUUCGCCCAAACCGACGAACUGCCGAACAUCUAAAACAAAUUUCAUAACAUUCGGUUCACCAAUUACGCAGGGAGUACACCAAGAACCACUGCCACAACGACCACCUGUUAAUGAUUCAUUUCAAAGGCCACAGCAGCUCCACAAUCGCGACUCUGAUUUUCACCAGCAAUUCCAACCAAAUUACCCACAACAGCACUCCUCACCUAUCGACUUACCAUUUACAGCUGCUUGCUUUGGUGCGUCCAACCCAAUCAUGACGAGAAACCAUCUGGCGGCUCGUCAUUCCAUAUCAAAAGAGUUGAAAAGUUUUAGUGGUGAUCCCGAUGAAUGGCCUCUCUUUAUAAGAAGCUUUGAGCGUAGUACAGAGUUGUGUGCCUUUUCCAGUAAGGAAAACCUUAUGCGUCUUCAACAGUCACUUAAAGGUAAGGCUCUAGAAUCAGUUAAGAGCUUAUUAACUCAACCGGAUUGUGUUCCACGAGUGAUUUCAACUCUGAGAAUGUUAUUUGGAAGGCCAGAAUAUAUAAUUGAAACGCUGAUGAACAAGAUACACGUCACUCCGUCACCGAGAGCUGACAAACUUGACACCAUAGUCAACUUCGCAAUAACCGUACAAAAUCUUUGUGCUACUAUAGAAGCGACUGGGUCUGUUCUUUAUUUAAGUAACCCUACUCUGUUAAGAGAGCUUGUGGACAAGCUACCUCCAGCAAUACGACUGAAUUGGGCUAUGCACACCCAGUCUCUUCCCAUUGAUAAUCACAAUCUCUCACAUUUCAGCACAUGGCUCUACAAAAUGGCUGAAGCUGUUAACCGUGUCAGUCUUCCAAGUACACUGAGUAGCGAUAAACAGAUUAAGCCAACUAAAGACAAAGGAUUUCUUCAUGUACAUUCGCAAGACUUUGAAACAAAUAAAUAUGCAUCGGCCAAACAUAAUUGUUGUGUUUGCAAGGGACAGUGUACAUCCAUUUCGAAUUGCAAACAGUUUGAAAGCCUAAGCCUUUCUUUAAAGUGGGCAUUUGUUCGUGACCAAAGACUUUGUCGACGUUGUCUCGGCAAACAUGGGAGGCAGAGAUGUAAGAUUGAGACGGUGUGCGGUAAAAAUAAUUGUUCUUUUAAGCAUCACCCUUUGCUGCAUAAUGACGAGAAGGAUUUUGGAACACAUAAAACGCAAAAUGAGACCAAAAAGUCUGAAGACAAAUCGACUCAUCAUGACGACCAUCUUUAUCACCACAACUCUGAAGCAAUCCUUUUUAGGGUGAUUCCGGUGACCCUCUACGGCAACGGUUCUAAGGUAAAUAUUUGUGCCCUGUUUGACGAAGGCUCAUCAGUGACCUUGUUAGAUGAGGAAAUAGCUCGUCAGCUCAAAAUUAAAGGCAUUGCUACACCUUUGCGAUUGAGAUGGACUGCGAACGAGCAUCGCUGUGAGAAUGACUCUGAAAUGUUGGAUCUUAAAAUAUCAGGUAUUUCUUUUCAAAAUAAAAAGUAUACGAUAGAAAAAGUCCACACUGUAAAAAGCCUUCAACUACCUCUGCAAUCUGUAGAUAAUGAAAAGCUCCAAUUACAGUUUGAUUAUUUAAAAGGUUUACCAAUAAGUUCCUUUGCCAGCCAGAGACCUCGGUUACUUAUCGGCAUUAAUAACUGGAAGCUGGGCUUACCUUUAAAGUUUAAAGAGGGUGCUGCCGGUCAACCUGUUGCUACCAAGACACGACUGGGCUGGACAGUUCAUGGUUGCUUGAAAAAUUCUCCUCAUGAAGAAAUGACAACGACUGCCAGCUGCAAUUUUCACGUAUGUAAGUGUGAAAAAUGUGACGAGAAUGAAGGAAAUCUUCAAGAACUUGUGAAGCAGUUUCUGUGCUAUGAAAACCUUGGGGUGUCUGUGCCAAAAAAUAUGUUAAUUCCUGUCGAAGAAGAGCGUGCCCUGGCCUUGUUAAAGGAGCUAACCUGUCGAAAGCAAGGAUAUUUUGAAACGGGACUUCUAUGGAAAGAAGACGACAUCGUAUUGCCAGACAGCUUUGAAAUGGCAUCUAAUCGCUUUAAAAGUUUACAAAAGCGGAUGGCAAAGGACCCAGAACUAGGUAAACUACUUCAAAAUAAAAUUCAAGAUUAUCUUCUUAAAGGCUAUGCACGGAAGCUAUCCCAACAAGAAUUAAAGGGCCACCGUCAGCGUUUAUGGUACCUACCCGUAUUUCCCGUGACGAAUCCGAACAAUCCCGGAAAAUUGCGGAUUGUUUGGGAUGCUGCGGCCAAAGUCAGAGGUAUGUCGUUGAAUUCGUUUCUCUUAAAGGGCCCAGACCAGCUUACUAGUUUAGUCUCAGUGCUUUAUAAGUUUAGAGAAAAGAACAUUGCUCUUUGUGGAGACAUUAUGGAGAUGUUCCACCAAGUAAGGAUUCGACAUGAAGAUCAAUACUCCCAGCUUUUUUUGUGGUGCGAUAACGAAAAAGAGUAUCCUGAGACCUACGCAAUGACUGUCAUGACGUUUGGUGCAACCUGCUCACCCGCUUCUGCCCAAUAUGUAAAAAAUGAGAAUGCAAAAGAGUUUGCAGAAGCCUACCCAGCAGCAGUAAAGGCAAUUCUGGAAAAUCACUAUGUUGAUGACCUGCUUGUUAGCGUCGAUACUCACGAAGAAGCGAUAGAGUUAGCUAAGAACAUCCGUUUCAUUCACAGCCAAGGAGGUUUUCAUAUUCGAAACUGGGUAUCGAACUCCCCUGAGGUGGUAAAAGCUCUUCAAUCCAGCAGCAGCACAGAAGUAAUGAGUCUGAAUAAGGAGCCUGAACUGAUGUCAGAAAAAAUUUUAGGUAUGUGGUGGUGCACCUCCAAUGACAUGUUUAUUUUUAAACCAACAGCUAAGCCUAAAUUUUUAUCGAUUUUGUCUGGAAAUUGCCGCCCUACAAAGCGAGACGUUUUGCGGCUGUUGAUGACCAUAUUUGACCCUUUGGGACUGAUUGCUCAUUUUUUAAUGUAUUUAAAAGUCCUCCUUCAAGAGAUCUGGAGAUCAGGUAUAGGCUGGGAUGAAGAAAUUCAAGACCAACAACACCAUAAAUGGAUCAACUGGAUUCGCAUCCUGCCUAACGUCAAAAAUCUUCACAUACCAAGGUGCUACAUUAUGAAAAAGUUUGAAAGAGAGCCUAAAAUGGAGCUCCACGUAUUCGUCGAUGCGAGUGAGUCGGGCUAUGCAGCUGUAGCAUAUUUAAGAUGCUCAUAUAAAUCUGAUACUGCGGUUUCUCUAAUUGGAGCGAAGACACGAGUAUCCCCAUUAAAAAGUCUAUCAAUACCUAGAUUGGAACUGCAAGCUGCAACUCUUGGCGCCCGACUAGCAAGAUCAAUUAUUCAAUCGCAUUCCAUAUCCUUCACCAGCAAAGUUUUUUGGUCUGAUUCAAAAAACGUACUUUCUUGGCUUCGUUCGGACCAUCGAAAAUAUAAGCAAUUUGUGGCGUAUCGCGUAAGUGAGAUUCUGGAGCUUUCUGAUGUGUCGGAGUGGCGGUGGAUCCCAACCAAAGAAAAUGUGGCUGACGAGGCCACAAAAUGGGCCAAAACUCCAGAUUUCUGCUCGUCCAGUCGAUGGUUUGUCGGCCCAUCGUUCUUACUUCAGCCUCCAGAAAGAUGGCCAAUGGAACAAGAGCAAUCACCCAACACUCUUGAGGAACUAAGAAACCAAUACGUAGGCGUCCAUUUGAAUUGUCAAGAAGCUUUAUUUACGGCUGAACGAUUCUCGAAGUGGAAAAAAUGUCUUCGUUGCUGUGCAUAUCUUCUUCGGUUUGUUAGAAAGUCACAGUCAAGAGCAAAGUUGAAGAAACUUUUAUCUCAACAUUUAAUACCGACGGAACAACAGCUCAUAGAUCUCACGGUUAUGGAGGAAGUAGCAAGCACCAUUGGACCUCUCACUCAAAAAGAACUGCAGCAAGCAGAGGUGACACUACUGAAGGAGGUUCAGCUUUCAACAUAUGAAGACGAAAUUGAUUGUUUAUCUAAAAAAAGGCCGGUGAGUAAAUCGAGCUCUAUUUACAAACUUUGUCCCUAUCUAGAUGAACAUAAAUUAAUACGUGCCAGUGGAAGAGUUGACCUUUCCAAAGACGUAGGUCAUGACUUCAAGCGUCCCAUCUUGCUCCCGGGAAAACAUCAGAUCACUCGAUUGAUAGCUCUAGACUACCAUGAACAAUACAAACACCAACAUCAUGAAUCAGCUUUAAAUGAAAUUCGCCAACGAUUUUAUAUUCCAAACCUGCGAAACGUCUUCAAUUCUGUCCGGCGGCAUUGUCAAUAUUGUAAAAAUGGAAGGGCACAACCACUUCCACCAAUGAUGGCUCAGCUACCCCCUGCCAGACUAGCUUCCUUUAGCCGUCCAUUUUCGUUCGUUGGCAUUGACUACUUUGGCCCACUGACGGUAACAAUUCACCGAAGGACAGAAAAGCGAUGGGGAGUCUUACUGACUUGCCUCACUACUCGAGGAAUACACAUUGAGGUUGCCCACUCCUUGUCUACUGACUCGUGUAUACUGGCGAUUCGUAAUUUUACUGCCCGAAGGGGAUUGCCUGUAGAAUUCCAUUGUGACAAUGGCACGAACUUUCGCGGUGCAGAACGAGAGUUGAAAGAAGCUUAUGCGAACCUCAAUAAAGAAAAGUUAAUGGAAACUUUUACAUCAACUAUGACUAAAUGGGGGUUCAUUCCACCAGGAUCCCCACACAUGGGAGGAAGCUGGGAAAGAUUAGUCAGAUCCGUUAAAUCAACAUUGGCUCAAACUAUGUUUACUCGCAAUCCUUCAGAAGAGCUUUUAAGAAGUUCGUUGAUCGAAAUUGAAAGCAUUAUCAAUUCGCGUCCUCUUACAUAUCUGCCUAUUUCAAGCGAGUUUGAAGAAGCGCUGACCCCAAAUCAUUUUUUGCUUGGGUCAUCUAGUGGAGUUAAACCUUUAGCAAUUUUCAACGACAAUCGGUUGGUGCUCAAGAACAAUUGGAUGACCAGUCAACAGUAUGCGGAUAAAUUUUGGAGGCGUUGGGUACAAGAAUACCUCCCAACUAUUACACGUCGCUCAAAGUGGUUUACUCCUGCUAAGCCAAUUGAAGUAGGCAACAUUGUCAUCAUCGCAGACCCUAACAGCCCUCGAAGUUGCUGGCCCAAAGGCAAGGUAAUCGAUACAAAGAUAUCCAGCGAUGGACAGGUACGAAGCGCUACCAUACAAACAAGUUCAGGGGUAUACGAACGGCCUGCUGUGAAGUUGGCUGUGUUAGAUGUCGAGGGUAUUAAUCUGGUAAAGUCCACUCAUCCGAGUGGCCAUACCGGGGGGGACUGUUAACAUCUCUGUCCUCCAGCCAGACAGCCAACAUGACGUAAAAAAUAAAAAAAAACGUCAAAAAUAAACGACAUGACCUUUUUGUCCUCCUAUUUUUUGAGGUUAACUUGGCGGGCAUAGUCAUAUCAUCCACAUAAAAUAAUAGAAGCAAACUAAAAGUAUGUAAUAAGUAAAUUAAAAUAUAAAUAUUGAAUUAAAAUAAAAUAAUCUUUCUUAACAGGAAUUUUGUAACUUAAGAUAACACAAUAAAUACAAAAUCUGAAUUAUAACUUGAAGUGUUUUAAUAAGUUACAAAAUCUGAAGAGCUUGAAACG